UAGCACCCGGAGCUCGUCGAGCGCCCAGCGCCGCCUGACUUGGCCAGGCGGAUCCCGCCUGGAGAGCGCUGGUCCAGCCACCGGACAAAGGACGGAGGAGGGGCUGGACGGCGCAGCAGAAUCCGAAAGAGGCCACCUAGCGACUCCGGCCAGGCCAAGGGGAAUGCAGAGGAGACACAGAGCCGGCGGGCCAAGAGGACCAUCCGGCCGAGGCACGCAGGGCGGGCGGCGAUGGAGGCUGCUCGCGCCGUGCGCUUCCUGCUCUUGCUGUGCGGCUGCCUGGCGCUCCCGCCGAGGGCCGAGCCCGUGUGCCCGGAGCGCUGCGACUGCCAGCACCCUCAGCACCUCCUGUGCACCAACAGGGGGCUGCGCGCUGUGCCCAAGACCAGCUCGCUGCCGAGCCCCCAGGAGGUGCUCACCUACAGCCUGGGCGGCAACUUCAUAACCAACAUCACCGCCUUCGACUUCCAUCGCCUGGGGCAACUCCGACGGCUGGACCUGCAGUACAAUCAGAUCCGCUCUUUGCACCCCAAGACCUUCGAGAAACUCUCGCGGCUGGAGGAGCUCUAUUUGGGGAACAACCUCCUGCAGGCGCUCGCCCCGGGCACUCUGGCCCCGCUGCGCAAGUUGCGCAUCCUCUACGCCAACGGGAACGAGAUAGGCCGCUUAAGUCGCGGGUCCUUCGAGGGGCUGGAGAGCCUGGUCAAGCUGCGGCUGGAUGGGAACGCCCUGGGGUCACUACCGGACGCUGUCUUCGCCCCGCUGGGCAACCUGCUCUACCUACAUCUGGAGUCCAAUCGGAUCCGCUUUCUGGGCAAGAACGCCUUCGCCCAUCUGGGCAAGCUACGCUUUCUCAACCUCUCUGCCAAUGAGCUACAGCCCUCCCUGCGCCACGGGGCCACCUUCGCACCCCUGCGCUCCCUCUCCACCCUCAUCCUCUCCGCCAACAGCCUGCAGCACCUGGGGCCGCGCAUCUUCCAGCACCUGCCGCGCCUGGGCCUGCUCUCGCUCCGGGGGAACCAGCUUUCGCAACUCGCCCCGGAGACCUUUUGGGGCUUAGAGGCCCUUCGGGAGCUGCGCCUGGAGGGCAACCGGCUGAAUGAGCUGCCCGCGGCCCUCCUGGAGCCGCUGCACAGCCUGGAGGCGCUGGACCUCAGCGGCAACGAGCUGUCCGCGCUGCACCCCGCCGCCUUCGGCCAACUCGGCCGCCUGCGGGAGCUCAGCCUGCGCGACAACGCGCUCAGCGCCCUCUCUGGGGACAUCUUCGCGGCCAGCCCGGCCCUCUACCGGCUGGACCUAGAUGGCAACAGCUGGACUUGUGACUGCCGCCUGCGGGGUCUGAAGCACUGGAUGGGGAACUGGCAUUCGCAGGGCCGGCUCCUCACCGUCUUCGUGCAGUGUCGCCACCCUCCGGCCCUGCGGGGCAAGUACCUGGACUACCUAGACGACCAGCAGUUGCAGAAUGGCUCUUGCGCCUACCCCUCGCCCUCGGCAGCGCCCCCGACCGUGGGGAAGGAGACGGCGCCCUCCACAGGCGGCCUGGCGCGAGAGUUGCUGCCACAGCCCCAGCAGCGCGGGCGGCUUCUGCCUGGGAUGCCAUGGGAGGGGGCGGCCAGGGAGCUGGUCAGCAACCGCAGUGUCCUCAGGCUGAGCAGGCGGGGCCCGGGCCUCCUGCCGCCGCCGCUGCCGCCGCCCUCCGCCGCCCCCGGACCGGGGCCGCACCUGCGCAACCGUCACGACGUGGGACGCCCGACCCGGGGCGACCCCCCACUUGGGGAGCCCACCCCGACGGCAGCGGAGGGCUCCGCUCCUCCUUCUCAGGCUGGCGAGCCCUGGCAACUCGCCGCCAAGCAGAGCCUGGCCACGGACCUGCAGGAGCGCGCCGCUCAGUCUGGCAGGCUGGGCCUGCCCCCGCUAGUGUCGGACCCGUGCGACUUCAACAAGUUCAUCCUGUGCAACCUCACUGUGGAGGCGGUGGGCGCCAACAGCGCCGCCGUGCGCUGGGCUGUGCGCGAGCACCGCAGCCCCCGGCCUCUGGGCGGCGCGCGCUUCCGCCUGCUCUUCGACCGCUUUGGCCAACAGCCCAAGUUCCACCGCUUCGUCUACCUGCCCGAGCGCAGCGACUCGGCCACGCUACGCGAGCUGCGCGGGGACACCCCCUACCUGGUGUGCGUAGAGGGGGUGCUCGGGGGCCGGGUGUGCCCCGUGGCCCCCAGGGACCACUGCGCCGGCCUGGUGACCUUGCCGGAACCCGGGAGCCGCGGCAGUGUGGACUACCAGCUGCUGACCUUAGCCCUGCUGGCCGUGAACGCGCUGCUGGUGCUCCUGGCCUUGACUGCCUGGGCUUCGCGUUGGCUGCGGAGGAAGCUGCGGGCCCGACGGAAGGGCGGCGCCCCGGUGCACGUUCGCCACAUGUACUCCACCCGACGGCCGCUGCGCUCCAUGGGCACUGGGGUGUCCGCCGAUUUCGGGGGGUUCCAGUCGCACCGGCCGCGCGCCACCGUGUGCGCGCUCAGCGAGGCCGACCUCAUCGAGUUCCCCUGCGACCGCUUCAUGGACAGCACAGGCGGGGGCGGGGGUGGCAGCUUGAGGAGAGAAGACCAUCUCUUGCAGCGGUUUGCAGACUAGGGCUAGGGCGGCCAGGGUUUUCGGACACCAUCUCCUUGGCCUUGAGGCGCCGCCACCUCCCCCUGGGAACCCCGUCAACCCACCUCAGGGAAAGCUCCCUUUUUAUCAGAUGUCCCCCUCUUAUGCAGGUGCCAAGGCGGAGGGCAACGGGGACAGAGAGCCAUUGUGAACACCACCCUCAAGGCCCUGCACCCCUCAGGAAGGAAACGGAUGGCAGAUGGUGGUCAAGGCCCAGAGCAGGGGACAAGUGGACGGUGGGGUGCCCAGCUGGGAGGUCUUCUCUGCCUGAGGUCUGGCUGGGCACAGCUGUGGGAGUAGCUCUGGUGGCAUCCCAAUGCAAUAAGCUUGGCCCCUUUUCAGGAGAAAGGAGAAUUGUGUGCACACUUAUUCUUUGCUUAAUGCCACACCGUUUUGUUUCUGUUUAAGGGAAGAAGGGACGUGUUCCCUUUACAAAGAAGGCUUGGCAUCUGGUUUGGUGGUCUCUGUCCAGGAGGGUGGUGGGGUUAACAGGUGGCAAAGCUUAAUACCCUCACCAAGUACCUCACCCGUGUUGGCUGAUAAAGCCAUUCAGGACACCAGCCUGUCCUGUUGAAAUAAUAAGAGACACUCCCGUGGGUUUGGCUUUUCCCUUUAUUAAACAACGUGGAGAGCUCUGACGCGUAUGUAACAAACUGACCAAUUGACCCAAGGACUAGUUUUGUUGGACUUGGUGGCAUUCAACCAAUUUUCUUGUAACAUUCUCGCGUGAGAAGGUGGUUUGCUGACUCUGGGUAGUAAGCAAGAUGGCAUUCUCAGGAGCAGCCCACCUGUGAGACUUCUCCAUCGCAGUGGCUAAUGUGAUAUUUUGAUUUAAUUUUUUUUAGAAACCUUUAUGUGGAAAUGCCGGACUGGAUAGCGAAUGUAAGGUGGAUGUAGCUGGACAGACCCCACGGGGCGUCCUACAUCUCCGACAGUGGGUCUAGAUGGGGACAGAUGUGGCGUGGCGGUCCUGUUUGUGUCAGUGGGCCACAGCGGCUUGUGUCCUCCCCUUUGGAGAUGUGCGGUUGAUUGAUUAACUCUGAGAGCAAGGCGACAUGUUGACUUGUCAUUUGCUAGUGUAAUGUUUGCUCACAAUGGCUUAUUCUACCCCUCUAUGGAAUAGUAGGGUGGGGGGAGAUUAUGGGUGGGGGUGUGUGAUCCAAAAAGUACGUCAUUGGGUAUCUGUUUCUACAAAGACCAGGAGAUUCUAUGAGUACUUAGACCUCACUGUGAAGCAAUCCUAUCUCUGAGAAUUAUUCCCUCCACUGCGCAGUGUUUUACUAUGUUAUUGCAUUUUAUCUCUUAGCUAAGAACGGCAGUAUCUCUUGUAAAUGCUUUUUUGUUGCUUUGUUUUAAAUUUAGGGUUAGGCGCCUAUAUUUGCUUGGUGUUUUUCAACUAUCUGGGAGAAUCUCUUUCCCUGGAACUUUCGAAAUACAUAUUUGACACUAAACGUGGUGUUCCGUUUACAUGAGUCAUUUUGCGUGGAGUCUCCAAAUGCCGUCACUGGGAGGUUGUGCGCACGGUGGUUGUUUUCCCCAGCUGGGUCUCAGUGACAGGUCACCACACUACACUGGUGCUAAGGCCAACAGUGACUCCUUUGUUCAGGUCCUGCAAGCCCCGGACAUCCUGAUGGCUCAGGGGAGUCAGCAGAGGCCUGGGAUUCUUCGACCCCUGUCCACUCCUUUUCUGUGUGGCCUGGAACAGCUGAAACAGGGGGCCAGGGAUCUAAAUUAGCCAGUCUUUGUUUAUGUUCAGACGAGGAAAUGUCCAGACCACUUCGACUGCAGCUGUCUUUCUGACAGCCUUAUUUAUCUGCGCGGCCAGAACUUAACAAUCCAGAGGAAAGCGGCACAGUUGGCCACAGAGGCCAAGCGUCUACGCAGAGCAUAUCGUACGUGAGAAAUGUAAAUUUGUUGACUCUUAUUUCCAACACCUUCAUGCUCUGGCACUCUCCUUUAGCUUGUUUGUUUUUUCUUCUGUGGAAUUACUCUGUCCCCUGGCUGGUUUUUGGCACAGCAGUGUGAUCCCGAGUCCCAGUUGAAAGUGAGGAGAAGACUUUUGGCAUCUUGGGCCACCACCAACCCUUUCAAAUGCAGAGCAUCCUGAAAAAUGCUCAAUGCCUGCCUCCGGGCCCUAUUUAACAGUGUCACUGGAAGGUCUUUCAGUGGGAGAUGGCUAAGUGUUCUACAUUGUAAUGUCCAGUUACGUCAAUAAAGCCACUUACUGCUA